AUGAAGUAUCUUAAGCGCUGCGUCAAGUGGUUUGGAGCUGAUAACAGGAUGAAAUUUCAAAUGCUCGUCCUCGCCUCGUUUCUAGUGGUGGAGGGUCAUCUGUCGGAACACAGCUGGGAACACCUCGAGACGGAUAAGAACUUCACGUGUCCUCUGAACGAAGAGAUCCGGCCGUGCGUCUGUUCCGCACUGUCGGCAGUUCCGGCCAUCCACUGCGAUAACAUCCGCAGCAUCAAGACUGUGAAGGAAGCUCUCGGGACUGUGUUCACCCACAAGGUCAUACCUUUCCUCAAAAUCCAACAUGCUCGUUUCGUCAGUUUGCCUUGCAGAGCUUUCGCGGGGAUCAACAUGACGAGGAUGCAGAUCAAGGAUUCCAAUCUACGCUACGUGGAAGCGGAGGCCUUCGCUGGCCUGGAAGAACUCAAAAUCCUCAUCCUGCACAACGUGAAACUGCUCAACUUCCCGUCGGAAUCUCUGAACAGGUUGUCGUCUCUCACGACGCUUUUCCUUCCCAGCAACAGUCUGCUGAGCGUGAACGACCGGGAUCUGCACGUCACCGGUGGUCUCAAAUACCUGUCCCUCGCGCAAAACCAACUCACCCACGUGGCUCAUGGGUCUUUCCCGAUGAGUUUAGUCACGCUCUCGCUGUCGGACAACCGAAUUCUGCGACUGGACCGAUCCAUCAGGAACUUGGUGAACUUGGAGUGGCUUUCCCUGGACAACAACCGACUCGUGGGAGUGAGAGGUGAGUUGAACGGACUGGUGAAUUUGCUUCAUCUGAACCUGGCCUAUAACCGAAUCUCCAGCUUGGGCCAGUCCUUGAAAAAUUUAAACCAACUAGAAACUAUAGAUCUGCAGCACAACAAUAUCCGAGAGAUUGGCACUUCGUUUCACAGCUUGGGUAAGCUGAAAAAGCUGAACCUGUCCAUGAAUCGUCUGCUUCGUUUGAACUACGGAGAAUUUUAUGGUUUGCUGAGCAUCGAAAGAUUGGAUCUGUCAGGGAACAAGCUGUCCAAACUAAAUGGAGCUUUGAGACACCUCUCAGGCUUGAUAACUCUAGACCUCGCCGACAAUGAAUUUCAAAUUUUUUCCUUUUGGGAAAUUGAUACUCUUUCUCAUCUAAAAGUGUUAGACCUCAGUAAUAACCACUUGGUUUACCUGAGUUCCGAUCCGGAUUUAAUCACCCUCCCUUCUACAAGUCUUCUCUUCCAGAGAAAUGAACUGGUGGAUUUCGAAAUAGAAUAA